CAAUUAUAAGGUAGACUACACGGAAACGGCCGGAUACGAAAAGAAACAGCACUAUCAAAGAGCCACAGCGAGCAAUGAGACGAGAAGCCCGGCUUGGCAACAAGGUUAGGUGGAAACGCUGAGAUGGAGGCUGGAGCCCUUUCGUGAGUCCGCCUCAACACACACCGAAACCGACGGAUAAGGUUGAAUGACAAGGCUUGCCAGGCCAACCAUCAAACCAUCCGCAACUGGUGGCUCCGUACGGAGUAGAGGGGGACUCGAGGGAGGAAAGAAUCGAGACAUCCGCACUCGGAGGGAGCCUGUUAAACCCACCCGCGAGAUGAAAAGACUGUUGGUCAUCAUGCUCAAUGCGCGCCGAUCGUUCAAAGCAAGCCGCACAAGACGACCCUCGGGGCGAGACAUGCAAAUCCACGACAGAUUCGUGGGGUCCGACACGUCUUGUUCUUUUGUUUGCUGUUACGAACAGGCAUUGCCUUGCUGCUGGUCCCGUAAGGCAACCGAAUCAAAGGCGUUCGGGAACCACUCGGAUCCGCCGUCCAUCAUGCGAUGCAGUCAACCAGUGUCUCUGUUUUCUGUCUCUCGGCCGCUUGAUUUCCUCCGUCCUAGUCUCUUGGCUUCAAUCUCAUCUUUCGAGCCUCUCAGAUGGGGUGGAUUCGGCCCGCGCAUGAAACGCCCAGGACUGAAAAAAUUGAUUCGCAGCAAAAUAAAAACAUAUCAGAUUGUCUAGGGUCAGCUGACAGAAAAUUGAGAUUGCACUGGACGAGACGACUGGACUCGUGUCACCAUCGUCGACGUCGGGUAGCCUCCCUCGCCGGUUACGAUCAGCAGUCUCCAAAGCUAGCCGACCAGAGCCCUUGUUGGUUCCCUCGAGAGAGUGAUAUCCUGCGUG